GCAACCGUUAUCACGUGACGAGCCCCAGUGCAUUACCAAAAUUCCGUUCCUGUUAAGGAGGGGGACGUAAUAAUGGCGGAAACAUGUGGCCAAGUACUAUUAGGGUCCGGGCUGACUGUCCUUUCCCACCCUCUUAUGUACAUUAAGGUUUUAGUACAGGUGGGACAUGAACCUCUUCCACCAACUCUUGGCAGGAACUUGUUUGGCAGACAGGUGUAUCAGCUUCCUGGACUCUUUGCUUAUGCCAAACACAUAAUAAAGAUCGAUGGGAAGGCAGGCCUGUUUAAAGGUCUUACCCCCAGACUGUGUGCAGGGACCAUCGGCACCAUUGUCCACAGUAAAGUGCUGCAGAAAUGCCAGGAGAACAAAUUGGAGGUCAUGAACAGUGGCCAGAAAACAGAGGAGGGAUCUUUGCAGCAUGUAGUCAAUGAGACAACAAAGGAGAUGAUAGCACGCUCCUGUGCCACAAUUGUCACACAUCCAUUCCAUGUGAUAACCCUUAGAUGCAUGGUCCAAUUUAUUGGAAGAGAAACCAAGUAUAGUGGUGUCUUUGAUUCCAUUAUCACUAUCUACAGAGAAGAAGGAAUCCUUGGGUUUUUUGCUGGCCUCAUCCCACGUCUUCUUGGCGAUAUCUUCUCUCUGUGGAUCUGCAACAUGCUUGCUCACUUUAUCAACUCGUAUGCAAUAGAUGACUCAAUGAGUCAUACGAGUGAAAUGAAGAACUGCUCUCAGGCUGCCACUGGGUUUCUUGCCAGUAUGCUGACAUACCCUUUUGUGUUGGUCUCCAACCUGAUGACGAUCAAUAACUGUGGGUUGGCUGGUGGUUUACCCCCUUACGCGGAAACCUAUAAAACCUGGCUUGGCUGCUGGAGACACCUGAGCCGAGAGGGUAAUAUGAGCAGAGGCAACAGUUUAUUCUUCAGGAAGGUGCCAGUGGGGAAGAUGUACGCCAUUGACCAGAAGCGAUUUUUCUGAAUAGGACAUGCCAACAGCAUAAUCUAAAUAUAUGAGAUGGAUCGGGUGGGGAAACUUUAAAUCUUUUGUAUGCACCUAUGAUGAUUUGGUGUUUUUUUUUUGUUUGUUUUUUUUUGUUUGAUUGUUUUCUUUGGGAUAAUCAGUCUUUUUUUUCAUUAAUUCCACCAAAAGUUGCUUUGAUUUAGAAAUGUUAUUUUAAUCCUUGUAUCAGAAAUACCUCUUUUACUAGAGGUUUAAUGUCACACGCACGUAGGAAAUUGUGUAAUAUUUAAAUUAAUAUAAAUCAUGUUGUCUCUCAUCCCUCCCACCAAAAAAGGAAACCAAGCAGUUCUAAUUGGGCCAGUUGCUUAAUUGGGUCUCAUAGGAAUGUCCUUGCCUUCCAGCACUUAUCUGCAUUGACUAAAGAAGUUCUUCUGAUGCUGAAGCUGUACAUGUAGCAGUUGUGUUAAAUGUAGCUCAUGAUUCUGUGUGCUGCAUGUGUGUAUGUAUGUGCACAUGCUUGUAAGUGUCCCCACACAGCCUGUAGUGUUCAGAUUCGCCUGGUUCCUAAAACGUGACCAGGUUUGCUCUAUGGAGAGCGAGCAUUUCCAGCUGCGGCACUAGAGUGCAUACAGCCCACUUUUAUGAGUCAUGCUAUGAGAGAGGGAGAUAUGUGAUCAAUUUCUUUCUCUCUUUCCCAUGUUCACCAACACAUGUUGACAUUUGGGCUGUAUAUUUGUAUUACUAUUCUGACUGAUCCCAAUAAAUCCAAGUAUGCCUUUUAUUGGGUUGCUUGGGUGUUUUGUUUUGUUUUUCUUUCACCUAGAGGAUAUGGUCGAUUGUGUGUAUACAUGCAUAUGUAGGUUGUACCAUCUGAAAACUAACAAAAGUACUGUCAAAAUUGUAUGAUUUUUGUGAAGGAUCAUAAAAGUAACUGGGCCAAAGUGCGAGAUUUUAUUUUAAAAAUGUUUCCAUUAUUAUACAAAAUGCAUACAUUACUUUUUCAGCGCUAAUAUUAUUACUUCCAUAAUCUCUAGAUUUGGUGGCACCCUUGAGCAAUAUAAAAUGCAUAACAUGCAAUGAUCUUUUUAAUCUUAAACCUAUUUUUAUCUGCAAAACACAGAACUUGAUUAUUGGCUCUCAGUUCGUCUAUAUUUUAACCAUUAGUUUCUUGUAUUAAAUUGAAAUUUACAAUAUCUGAAAAAAAUGUUUUUUGGAGGGUCUAUAAUGGAAGAAAGAGGAUUUUGGCCCAAUUUGCUGUGUAAUCAUUAUUAACCAUACAGGUUGAUUUUUUUUUUUGGCUGAGUGGGUGGGGCUAAAAUGUUGAUUGUGCCUCACUGGGCAACCCAGCUCAAAAAGUCAAAAUAAGAGUGUACUACUGUUAAACUUUCAGGGCUGUUAGAGGAAGUUUUAUGGAAGUGACAACAGAAAAGUUAAAUUAAUAAUAAAAGAUUUGAGCUGUGACAUUC